AUGUGCCUGCAGGCGCAGAUCCACCUGCUGGGGAACAUCGUGAUCUGGGCCUCGGCCAGCCUCGCCAUGGCCACCUACGUGCUGCUCUUCCUCUGGUACCUGCUCCGCCGGCGAAGGAACUUCUGUGACCUCCCUGAGGAUUGCUGGCUACACUGGGUGCUGGCUGGGACUCUGUGCUGCGGGGGCUGGGCCGUGAACUACCUCCCUUUCUUCAUGAUGGAGAAGACGCUCUUCCUUUACCACUACCUCCCGGCACUCACUUUCCAGACCAUCCUGCUCCCCGUGGUCUUCCAGCACAUGAGCGACCACCUGUGCAGGUCCCAGCUGCAGAGGAACGUCUUCAGUGCCCUGGUGGUGGCAUGGUAUUCCUCCGCAUGCCACGUGUCUUACACCCUGCGCCCACUGACAUACGGGGACACGUCUCUGUCCCCGAGUGAACUCAGGGCCCUCCGCUGGAAAGACAGCUGGGACAUCUUGAUCCGGAAGUAG